AUGAGGAGCUUCACGACGUCUCUCGUGGCGGCGCUGCUGCUGCUGUCGGCGCGGGCAGCUUUGGCGGAGCCGUCGACUCCCACCCCGGGACCUACCGUCUAUGAUGACAAUUGCACGACCUGCUGCUGCAUCUAUCGGCAGGGCGACGAUUGCUUCACCUGGACCUGCUGCCCGCUCCAGGGCACCACCUGCUGCGACGACAGCUACAGCCGCUGCCCCCAUGACUACGGCUUCUGCGACACCAAUCUUGGAACCUGCCUCAUGGGCCAGGACAGCCUGUUGUCAGUGAAGGCCCUAAAGCGUACCAUGGCCAAGCCGCACCGGGCUUUCUCGUCAGGAUCCAAGACUACCAUGUCUGAAUAUACCCAAGAACUAGAUCAUCGAAGGCGCGCGUUGCUGCGCCCGUUUAUUUUGAUGUUACAAUGUUAG